AUGGGUGAACCUUACUGGGUUGCCGAGGUUCAAAAUUCCCUGCACCUUCUAGCUCAGAAUCUCCACGAGCGUCAGUUCAAAGGAAAUACAUAUGACAGGCUUCCGUCUUUCAACAAUUCCUGUCAAGAUUACACACUGACGCCAUAUUAUAAGCUCAAGCUGGCCAACAACCUGGCAUUUUUAGCUUGCACCGAGGAGGGCGGUGAUAAGGUUUCUGCCGUUUGCCUCGAAAAACAUCGCGAUCAAUUAACUAUACGCCUAGCAAGCAACAAAUGUCCUGAGAUCCAUCGCGAGGCCUUUAUGGAAGAGGCUUUUGCCACAGUGAUGAACCUGUGCGGCACUCGCAUACUACAACGCACGCGACCAUGUUGGGCCAAGAAACCACACCGGCUAGAGAAGAAGGCAUCUCCCUUGCAGAGUCUUGACAAUGACUGGGCUCUGCUGACUAAAACCCUGCAGAGGCGGUUUGCAACGACCCUGCAUGCGCUCGAGAAGAUGCGAGAACAUUUACGUUGCCUUGAUACGAUGAACCAUGACAGCAAAGAUCUAAGAGAGACGCUCCGAAACAACGUUUUGGCAGCCUACGACGCCUCUGCUGCCGAGACGCCGCGAACACUGGAGGAGAAAUUGAGGCGUUGCGGGCCUGCGGGCUUGGAUCUCGCUGGCAGGGCCGCUGUUCGGCAGGUGGACAAACUGGGACGCUACUACGGCGUCUGCAAGGAUUUUGCAAAGCUGGCACGGCACCAGAGUUACCAGCGCCUAUUUUCGAGCGUCAUAGUGGCGAGGUGCGAUGUAAUGCCCAAGACCUGUAGAGAUCCGGCGGGCGGGCGGAAGCUGCAUGUCCAUGCUGAGGUGCAGCUCGUGAUGCACUACCUAUCUCGGAAUCUUUCGCCUGCACCCAGGGCGAUUAGUUGCAGCAAGUCGGCCUGCUUCCUCUGCCACGCUCUCAUCAGCCGGCUUGGGCACUGGUCACUCUCGGCCUGCCACGGGAAGCUGUACUCCAAAUGGAAAGUCCCAGAUGGGGUACACUUGACGCAUAGCAGGGCAAAGGAUCUUGCACGCGCAUUACGGCAGGUUCGGGAUGAGCUCAAGACGCUUGGUGCGGGGGCGAAAGUGCAAGUAGCCGAAAGCCCAGCGCUUUCGCUCAUAUCUGGCCCGUCGACGGCAACGCUGCUUUCCAUAGCGUCGGGGUCAAGGUCAUCUUCUGCGGAAACGAUCGGUCCUAACAGCACUGCGAAGACGACCGCGACCGCUUACGUUGAUGCAAGCACAGUCAAGGCGCCAACAGGCCGCACAGCUUCUGCAGAAGAAGUACUCGCAAAAGCGAAAAGCAAUACAUACCCCGAUGUGGGAAUAUCAACUUCGCAUGAAACAUGCAAUAAUGGCGGAUUAGUGGCCGGCAUUGGAAUAACUAACUCACCGGCCGCGACGCUGCAGGUGAAGGAAAACGAUCUGCCGUACGAAGUCGUCAUUUUCAAUUACACCCUGCCGUUGCUCGACCUCCAGCUUGGGCAUCUGUCUCUGCAUCUCGAUCUGAUAGACAUGAGCGUCGGUCGAAUAAAAAUAUCGCGUUAUGUUGGUGGUGACGAGCUGGAUAUCCUGUCUUUGGAAGCAACCGAUUUACCAUUCGCUGAGCCGGGUCGGAAGCUCAGCUGCGAGCGAGGAAGUAAUGUACUUCGCUUCAACUUGCUGUGCUUCGAAUGCGCUGCGACGCAGGUGGAGAUAACAUGGAGAACGACGUAAGCAAAUCCUUGA